UACCUACUGCCCAUCUCCGAGGACUGCACUUCCUAUCCACUGGGGAAGCAGACUGUGGUUGAGUCUUUUACCCGCCUGUCUGCUAAUGGACUGCGGUACGGCAGACAUUUAUAAGCUCGUCCUGUCAUGUGAGUCGCAUAUUGUUCCUGUUGGUGGGAUAUUGUGAAAUGAAUAUUUUUCGGUUAUUUGAAUCUGUCUAAGUGACGUUGGCUGCUCUUUGAGUAAAUCCACGAAAGCUGAUGUGUUUUGUAAUGUCGAUGUCGCCCUGGACGGACAGAUGGAUGCUGAAAUGAGAUAAGCGUCGUCUUCCCGUUCUCCACCACCACGCUGCUACAGCGCCGAGAACCCAGGCACCCAGAACACCGGAAUACAGGGAUUUAACAUUUGAUUUGGCCAGUGAGCCCACCUUAUUUCUAUAUACCCAUACAACGGUGAUGUGAGCUCAACUCGCGAAGGAGCUGUUCGUGUGUCGUUGUGCUGAUGCAGCUCUGACAGAAGUGAGCAUGGCUGCCGGAAAGUUACUGCUCUAUGCCGGGCUCUCUCUUUCUCUCUGCGCCCUGGGCAUGCUGGCCGUGGCGAUGUGGUCCGACCACUGGUACGAAACGGACGCCAGGAGGUACAGGGAGCGGUGCCGAAGCUUCUCCAGCCGCCGCAAGGACCCAGGCUUUAUCUACAUCCCCAACAACAGCCUGCCGCUGCGAGCCAGCCGCAAGGACCCAGGUUUUAUCUACAUGCCCAACAACAGCCUGCCGCUGCGAGCCAGCCGCAAGGACCCAGGUUUUAUCUACAUGCCCAACAACAGCCUGCCGCUGCGAGCCAGUCGGAGCAGCCUGCCCCGCCGGGAGGAGAAGCUGCUGCUGGCCCGGAACCGACGGCAGCUGUUUGCCAUUAGCGCCGCGGAUGAGUGUAGCAGGCAGUAUAACUCGACUAACAUGGGGCUGUGGAGGAAAUGCCAUCGUCUCGGCUUCGACCAAGAAAUGGAGGACCGCAUCCGGAAAGGUUCCAUCUCAAGAUGCUCUUACGUCAAGUAUCACUACUCCUCUGCUACAAUACCCAAAAACCUCUCCUUCAACAUCACCAAGACAAUAAGGCAGGAUGAGUGGCACUCACUCCACUUGCGGCGAAUGACAGCAGGAUUCAUGGGCAUGGCAGUGGCCAUUAUCCUGUUCGGUUGGCUCAUUGGCGUGCUCGGCUGCUGCUGGGACAGAGGUCUCAUGCAGUAUGUGGCAGGCCUUCUCUUCCUCAUGGGAGGAACUUUCUGCAUAAUCUCGCUCUGCACCUGUGUUGCCGGCAUCAACUUUGAGCUUUCACGUUACCCUCGUGACCUAUAUGGCCUAACUGACGACAUUGGCCACGGCUAUGGCUGGUCCAUGUUCUGCGCCUGGGGAGGCCUCGGCCUCACCCUCAUCGCUGGAUUCUUCUGCACCCUGGCUCCCUCAGUCCAGCCGAUACCCCAAUCCACUUGCUCCAAACCGCGAUCGGAGAACGGCACUAUCUGCUAAAGCUGACAACUGAAGACUGAACCACAGAUUGGUCGCAAACAAACUGAAAAACUAUUCCUUGUUUCCUUUCUUCCACUCGUCUCUAAAAUUAAAUGAAUCUCCAGUCUCUUCUGAAUACAGAUUCUUUUUUUAUUUGUGUGUUUAAAAUGGAUGUCCUGACAAUAUGCUAUAAUGAAGAAAAACUGAAGAACUAAAAAAAAAUAUCCUCAGAAAUGUGGCAGUUGUUUGUUUUUAUGGAGCAGUUACUGAAAAGGCCCUUGACCAAGAAAGAUUACGAGGACACUGAAAGACAACGUACAAAGACUAAAAAUUGCUUCUAUUAAGGGGUCUACUGUGAUUUUGGUGAACUCCAUGGAUCAGCAGUUUUGCAGGGGUGUCAGAUUGCUAUGAUUGUGUUUCUUGCUGACUUGGUGUCUUUGAGCAUCAUGUGUUCAUAAGAGAAUGGACCAUAUGUAAAACCAUAUAAUUUACUUCGUUCGGAUCAUAAUUUGUGGCCAUCUAUUAACUUUCAAUAAUCCAGCGCUUCAGUGAGGGACAUGCAGGAAGUGAGGAGAUCCAUGAUUUGCAGUGUUUUGUACAUUGAUGUACAGAAUAUUCCAUAGAAGUGACAAACCGGAACUUUUCUGUUGAACCAGUUUCAUUCUGGUGCAUUUCCUUCUGUCCAAUGAUCCCAUCUGCCUUUUAACAUUUUCUAUAUUGAUUCCUCUUUCAUUCAAAGUGUGUAUUUCCUUUUUACCUUACAUUUUACGUUAAAUAAUUUCCAUCUGAGUGUUUCCAUCCAUUCCGGUCAUUGAGGUAAAUGUGUGAGUGUUGAAGGGCUGUUUUGCAGAAAAACAAGACUAUUAUUACCCAGUGAAACCCUGUCUUGUGGAUGUAUAAAUGCAGUAGCUUUGAUUAAUUGAACAAUUGAAGAGCAGUGGUAUCCAGUUCAAUACACCUUUUUUCACACGGCAAAAAGAAUAGUUUACACAUUAGAUGUACAUUAGCAUAAUAUUGAAUAUUUUGAUGUUCCCAGGAUCAAAACACUGCAGCUAGUUUUACGGGUUUUUAAAAGCACACAUACAUACAUCCAGUCAUCACACUACCGAAUAAAAAAGCAAACAGUGAAAGGUAGUGUGUCUACAGUCAAUGUUUUCCUCAAUCUGUUGAAAAUAAAAAAUAAUCCAAAAGAAAAACAUCAGCUGCAAUCUGUACGAGAAUAAUGCGUGCUACAUACAAUUUGGUUCCUUUUUUCUGCAAAGAUAUAAGUUGCUUUUCUUUCUGGAUGUGUUAUCUGUGGAUGUAUAUAUUCAGUAUUAGAUUGUGGACUAUCAACCUUUUUUUGGACCUGGGCACUAGCAAUCAGGUCAGCAGUAGUCAUUGCAAAGCUCUCGCAAUAUGGUUAUGAUCUCAACUAUUGAUAGGUUGAUUGAUUGGUAGUCAAGAUAACAAUGAUAUUAUUAUUUAUAAAAACAAAGACUCAGUUACAUCUCCUUA